CCUCACAACCUCAUCUCUACGAUUUACCCUACAAUAUCAAAGAAGGUCUAUCAUUUUAAAACCAAACUUCCUCUAGAUCAGAUAUCGGCCGCUUUUCUGAAUUUGGAAUUCCACGAGAUGACGAGCCUGAUUGACUGCAACCCUCACAGCGAGGCACUGGGAUAUUCCUUCUCUCAGCCAACGGGUGCUGGAGUCAAGGAGCACUCUUUCUACCCAUACACCGACAAUGGAGGCUCAACGCUAGGCAUCACUGGCUCUGAUUUCGCCAUCCUUGCUGGAGACACUCGUUCCACCUCCGGCUAUAACAUCAACUCUCGCUAUGUUCCGAAGGUGUUCAAGAUCGGAGGAGACGAAGAGACUGGCGAAGGUGCCCACAUUAUUCUGUCGGUUGUAGGUUUCGCUGCAGACGGAAACGCCCUCAAGGAGCGACUAGAUGCGGUGGUGAAGAUGUACAAAUACCAACACGGAAAACCCAUGAGUGUUAGAGCGUGUGCCCAACGACUAUCCACAAUUCUUUACCAGAAGAGGUUCUUCCCAUACUAUGUGCACGCUAUCCUAGCGGGUCUGGACGAGGAGGGCAAGGGCGCCUUGUACAGCUACGACCCGGUCGGUUCAUACGAGAGGGAACAGUGCAGAGCAGCUGGCGCUGCGGCUAGCUUGAUAAUGCCCUUCUUGGAUAACCAGGUCAACUUCAAGAAUCAAUACAUUCCCGGUAGCGGAGAAGGUCAUGCUUUGGAAGCCAGGAAACCUGAGCCAUUGCCCAGAACAUCAGUGGAACAGCUUGUCCGAGAUGCGUUUACCAGUGCUGUGGAGAGACAUAUCGAGGUUGGAGAUGGCUUACAGAUGAUGGUCAUUACAGCGGAAGGGAUAGAAGAAGUUUAUCACCCCCUGAAAAAGGACUAGAGGUCGAGAAUGGCACCUGUCAAUAUCUCCGUAUCUCAUUAAUUCUAUGCAAAUCGAUAUUUUCCUCAUUGAAUGAUGUAUGGAUAGAAAUAUUCCAAUAUGAAACUUUUUUUCCUGAUAU